ACCGCCUCGUCCUGCUCGUCGUCGCCGCGGGCCGCGGACAGCGUGUCGGUGGAGCGUAUGGAGACGCUGGUGCAUCUGGUGCUUUCCCAGGACCACACCAUCCGCCAGCAGGUGCAGCGGCUCCGGGAGCUGGACCGCGAAAUCGAUCGCUACGAAGCCAAGGUGCACCUGGACCGCAUGCGGCGGCACGGAGUCAACUAUGUGCAGGACACUUACUUGCUGGACGCCGGCAUCGAGCUCGACGGGCCCAGCCCGGGAGAGGAGCCCGAGCCGGAGGCGGUGGCGAUGGCGGCGGCGCCCCUGGACGGCCAGGUGCAGGCAGUGGCGCUGGAGGAGCUGGCCCAGCGCUGCGACGACCUAUUGAAGCUGCAGGAGCAGCGGGCCCAGCAGGAGGAGUUGCUGGAGCGCCUCUCGGCCGAGAUUCAGGAGGAGCUGAACCAGAGGUGGAUGCGCCGGCGCCAGGAGGAGCUCGCGGCGCGGGAGGAGUCCCCGGAGCCCGAUGGCAGCCUGGACGGGGAGCUGCUGCUGGAGCAGGAGCAAGUCAGGACGCAGCUCAGCACCAGCCUCUACAUCGGGCUCCGGCUCAACACGGACCUGGAGGCCCUCAAGUCGGACUUGGAUUACAGCCAGCAGCAGUGGGACAGCAAGGAGCGCGAGCUGCAGGGCCUCCUCCAGACUUUGCACACGUUGGAGUUGACGGUAGCACCUGAUGGGACUACCUGCUCUGGUGGACCCUCGCGGGAAUCCCGGCCUCAGCCCGGCGCUGAGGUGUGGGUGGAUCAGGCCCGCGGAAUGGCCAAAAGCUGUCCUGGCAACGACGAGGACUCGGACACGGGGCUGAGCUCCAUGCACAGCCAGGACUCAGACUCGGUGCCCGUGUGCGAGUCCCUUGUAUAGGAGGAGCAGGGUCAGGAGGGACACGUAUGCUUUCCCCUUUCCUGUAGCAAGGCCUGGCCAGGCCGGUCGGUCGGUCGGGGACGUGAAACCAGGCUGCGGGUGGGCCCCGAGCUCCUGAGCGGCAGCAGGCCUCCGACUGGGCUGGGAAGGGCUCCGGAGGCCUGCCUGGUAGAGGCCUCCUGUGUCUGGGGGUGAGUGUGGAGGAGGGUGCAGGACCAGUGUCUCCAAUCCAAGCUCUUCAGGGAAAGGGGGGAGGGAGGAGGUGAGAACCCCUCUCACUGGAAAACAAACACCCCGGGGAAACUUGACAUGGUCCUAGCCUAUUUGCAAAAACAGAAAAAGGGGUGUUUUUGGGAAUUUCAGCACUCUGUAUGGGGAGGACUGAUGGCAGCUAGAAUUUUAGGUUGUAGCAUAAAGUGCUUUUAAAAGAAACACUUGGAUGAAAAGGAAAUUCCUUGAAUGUUAAUUGUGACUCUGAACGUGUUAAAACUAGCCAAAGAGGACACACUGGUGUUGGUUUCAGCCGUACUUAACAUCUUUCAUAAAACCCAUAGGCACUAAAAUCCUGGCUGUUUACAUUUCUGCAGAUAUGGAGUUAUCCAUCUGCUAAGCUGUUUGCCUGUUAUUUUCUUUAAAAGACUAAACUGUACCAAAGUCUAACCCCAUGUUUCCUCCUAGUAAAUACAGUAUCUGGUAGAAUGGGAUCCCUUUUCCAAAAUAACUUUUAUUAUUACAAAAACCAAACGUAUCUCUUUUGAGAUACAGGUUUCUGGCAGACAUAAUUCUUGGUUAAAGUUUAAUCUGGGUCUUUGGGGUUUGCUCCUGCAAAGGUUUGUGUGUUUUCCUUUCAUUCAUAUUGCCAUUUCAUUAACUUAAUCACUGUUAUUUCAGGGGGAAAAAAAUAAAAGGGAAGUUCCAGAAUUCAAGUUAAGUACAACUAAACUUGCUGUUAAAUGAGCACUCCCAUUGAAGCUAAGACUUGAAAGCAAAGAUCAUUGUCAGUGUUCAGCUUUUGAACUGAGCUCUAUGAUCAAAACCAACCAUGACCUUAACAGAUUUCACCCAAACCCAAGUCUAACUUCAGUAUUUUUGGUCAGGGAACAGUUACUUUUCCAAACUGAAAUUGAGAUAGUGUGAAUGCCAGGAUUUACUAGAUCAGGCCUGAAAAAGAUAAAAUACAAUCAAGCUAAUAAUACAUCUUGGGUAAACAAAUGGAUUAACAACAGCAGGUAGUCAUAGAUAAAAGCAUAUAAAAGUGAGCUAACGACUUGAAUUACUCUUGUCUGGCUCACGCCUUUGCACACGCCAGGAGAUGCAAGUGCAACCUCUCUCUCACUUGUUCCCUCGCUCCAUAGCUGGAGACAGAGCCCUGGUGGGGACUCGGUGUAAUUGUUGCAGUUAUUUCAAUGAAAACUUAUCAGUUGUAGCUAGCUGCUGCCCUAUGGAAGGAGCCUGCUGGCAGUGUUCCCUCUGGAGUGCAGUACUUCUGAGGAAUGUGGGAUCUAAUCUGUCCUGAGGAGGUGUUAACAAUGGGGUGUGUGUGGUGCCAGCCUGGUGCAGAAGCCUGGUAUCAACCUAACCCAGGAGCGGCUGGCUCCAGUUUCAACACUACAUGUGAAGAUAACUUAAGAGGUCUUGCUUUAUAGAGAAGUUUCCUCCUUGGAGAGAUUCUCUGCCUGCUUGUUGCCAACGGGGGCCUGCUCACCUAACCUGAAGCCAUUGGGGUGUCUCCUUUUGAGAGUCAGCACCCCCCUACCUCCCAGUGCUAUUACAACAUGUGUGGAUAUUUUCAAAUUUUUAAGUAAAAGGCCGGUUUCUUAAUUGAUGUUUUCAAAAGACAUUAACUGGCAUAAUUAUGGUUUUUUAGUUUUGUCUGAUGCAGAAAACAUCUAUGUGUUUGGAUUCGAGCAUGAUUAAAAUGAGGAAGGGACCAAAAAAACCCCACUGUCCCUAGACAAUCAUUUGGUCCCAUAAACACAAAGCCUAAUGAUAGCUUUUCUUUUGAGGCAAAGGUAAAAUCCUCAUUAGAGUGUGACAAACGCUACUUGUCUGAAUGGUCUAUGCUGGCAAUGGGCUGACCUAGUGGUUUUAAAAUUAUUGUGCUUUUUUUUCCCCCUCAGGGUGGUAGGGAAGUUGGACAUUUAUUAACUCCAAAGCGAGCACAGAAGUUGGCAGAACAGGACUGCCUGGCAGAAAGGGGCUGUUUUCCUGUUCACUGUUAUUAUUUUAAACUUUGAUGGGCUGCUGACGUCAGCAGAUAUGCCCGAAGCUUGUAAAGCAAAUAAAGCCACAUCACAGGGAGAAGGCCUGUGGGAUUUUCUGGUGCCCUCUUUCCAGAACCUUCUGUCCUGGCCAUCUGAAAAUUUUUGCCUCUCCAGUCAACAAUUCAGGCACCAAGCAGGCUUUGUUUGAUACCAAAAUGAAGUUCAGUCUGCCCUUCCCCGCCCCCAUCCAAAUCAACUAUAUCCGCAAAAGGCACUCUCUGUGUGGGUAGGAGAAAGGACAACAGGUGAGGGGAAAGGAAGGAGACAAUAGUUCCUUUUACUAAGAGCUUUUGCAAGCCUGAGAAAGGUGAAAUAUAGAUAAAUAAAAAGCAAAUCAGUGCCUCUGCCUAGAAAGUGGCUAAUGAAUGCUAAACAUUUUAAAAACUUCAUUCCUUUUUUUAAAAAAUAAUUAUCACGGCAUUAAGAAUGGAAAUGAAGGCUUUGAAUGCAUUGGCACCAGGAUUUCAGUGCCCCUGGUAAAAGUAACCCCUCCUGCUCUUCUAACCUUACAAAAGUCCUGGGGAGGAGAGUAGGGAGCAGGCUCCUCCCAACCAGUCCCAUCUUUUUUUGUAAUUAAUACAAUUUAUCGUAUUUUUUACCUUUAAUUAGUCCAUUCUUGGCCAUCUGACCAAAUCAAAAAGAUUCCAUCUGUCAUUUCUGUUUACUUCCUUAUGAAACAAGAUAAAGACGAGGAGGAGGAUUUGCUAAUUAGAAAAGUUACAUACUAUGGUCCUCCUGAUGGACCUGAAAGUAACAAGUAAAAAGAAAGGAAAAUCACUCAGAAUCUUGUCACCAAAAGCUUAUCACUACCGAAAUUUGAGAUACUUCCUUCCAGUUCUUUAGAAUUGUGAAUAUUUCAUAUUUUGCUUAUUUUUUAAAACAAUAUUCAGUGUUAAUGAGAUUGUUUAUAUGCUUUUAUGCUCAGGUUUUGACAGAUUCCUCUAAUUGGCUCCAUCUAUCUGUUGGAUGUACCAUGGUGCAUAUUAUUAGGUCAUUCCUGGUAUUUUUCAUUGUUAUAAAAUGACACUGUGCACAUACCUGUUUCUCUAAUUAGACUCCCUUUCAAAGAGAUAGCUUCCCAGAAAGAGAAUUCCCCAAGGGUACAAAUAUAUAAAAACUUGACACUUAAUUGCCAAAUUGGUUGUCAAAAGAUCUGUUCUAAUUACAAUCCUCUGUGCAUGGCAAUGCCUAUUUCACCACCCCUUAGCUUUCAUUAGCUAUUGUAUUUUGGUAAGAAAAUAUAUUGACCAAAAUGAAUGAAUUCUUUGUGGUCCCAGGAAGUCAGGGCUGGCAACCACAGCCUUAAAAUACCUUUACAACAGAAAGGGCAGCUCAUCCUAACAGGAAUGUUAAAAGGACAAGGCACCUUCUCUCCUUCCCAUUUCCUUGUUCUCCCUGAGCACUGCUUGGUAAUAGCAAUCCCGGCUCAUAUCAGAGCUGGCCAUCCAUCUCUCUGAGCAGGAGGGGCCAAAAUACCACACCAGCAAGAUUAAGGGGGUUAACAAAUAAAAGAACCAGACUUAUAAAAAGAAAA